UGCAAAGUUCAAAUGUCGCGCUUGGAAAACGAGACAAGAAGGAGAGGUCGAAGGAAACAGCUCUUUGCGCUGGAAGGAAUCUCUUUUAGCGCCGAGCUGACAGAGGCAAAUUUAGGUCAAUUUGUAGUUAAUACUUUUAUAAAGUUCUCCAUUUAGAAACGUCUUUACAUUUUCUAAGGAGGCCCAAAAUAAAGAAAUGACGAAAUUUCCUUUUUAGAAGUGCAGCAUCUCUAAAUUGUGAAAUAUUUAUUCUAUACUGAAGAAAUUAUUUAGCUAGAACGGUAUGUAGUUAAGUAAGAGGCUAUUCUUUGCUUAUUUUCAUUUUCAAGUUUAGAAAAUCGUAAAUCUUGUCGAAGAUCGUAUCUAAUUUUCCACAGAAAAGUCGAAACUGAGGCCCAGUUUAGACGUCGUGCUUCCGCCGUGCCGAACUAAAUUCAGGAAUUAGGUUCGACAAAAGUACGGUAGAAGUACGGUGUUUGAAUCAAAUUUUUGAAUUAAGAUCGGCAAAGUUGUUUUUCCGCCGUGCCAUAGUCGCACCAAAUUGCAGUUAUGUUCGGCACGGCAGAAGCACGACGUCUGAACUGGGCCUUAACCGCCUCAACUUCCUUGUUCUACAAUACAUUCGGGCUAUUGCAAUUUCAAAUUCAUUAAGAGGAAUAUAUGCUGUUACCCUCGUUUUACGCAAGCUUAAAUUUUAAACCAAUCCCUUGUCAAUAUUAUAUAUUUGGAUAAUGGUUAACAACUUAAAAAAGUUUGAAUCGUUCAUGCUUAGCGUAAAUAAAAUGCUAGUCACUCCUAAACUACUUGCUGAGAGAUGGCACUUCACAAUUAACAAAACUUUAGGAUUAAAAAAAAUGUUAAUUAUGUUUUGCCUUUGUCUUUAUACACUUUACAUUUCCUUAAGAAUGUAUGAGCAGUCAAGGAGAACAGAAAAUAACAAUAUCGCGAAUUAUUGUUCUCCGCAUUAUAAUGAGAGUGAUGAUGCAUGUCGUUAUGAUUUUUUAGUUUACGUCUGGGAGGGAACAUGUUUUUAUUCUCGAUGGUAUCUAUAAAUGUCAAUGAAACCAGUCGGCAUUUUCUUCCACAGAUUCAAUGGAAACCUAAAGCCAUGUGAUCUUGAUCGUGAAUCACGAUCUUCAGACGUGGGAAUAUGGCGAAGAACGAGUAUGAAAAACUCAACUCUGAAGAGGACGCUAAAAAUGUGAACCCUGUUAUAAACGCCAACAUCUUCUCCCGCCUCACAAUAUGGUGGAUGAACAAAAUCUUCGUCACAGGAAACAAACGGCCGCUCGAGGAAGAAGAUUUAUUUCCACUCCUGGAGGAAGACAAAUCCGAAGUAUUAACAGAGAAAUUACAAACGGAAUGGGAAAAAGAAUUGAAUAAAAGACAUCACGGCAAGAGGCCGAGAUUUUGGAAGGCGCUGAUGCGGGUCUGCCCGUGGUAUGAAUAUUUCUCAAUUAUUGGUCUUGUGAUGACCGAUAUGGCAAAUAGAAUGACUUUGCCAGUGUUGCUGGGAUUUCUGAUUUCCUAUCUGAUGGGAAUACGGCAAUUGGACGUUAGCUUCAAAUAUAUUUUACCCACGUUUAUAUGCAUCACCUCUCUCGGAAGGAACCUCGCUCAACAUCAUUACCAAAACAGGUCGGCCUUGCUCGGAAUGAGAUUUAGGGCGGCAGCAACAGGAUUGCUUUAUAAAAAGGUACUGCGCAUGAGUCAAUCAAAGCUCGCAAAGAUAACAUCCGGUCAUGUGAUCAACUUGGUAUCCAAUGACAUCCAGCGGCUGGACUUGGCCACUCAGAACCUUUUUGCGUCAUUGCGAUCCCCGUUCGAUCUCGUGAUACUAGGAAUUCUCCUCUGGAUUUUGAUUGGAUGGCAGGCUGUCACAGGCCUGGCAUUCGCUCUCAUUCUCAUUCCCUACGAAGCUGAGAUGACAGGCUGGGUCGCUAAGCUUCGAAUGCAGGCGGCACGUGUUACGGACAAGAGGCUGGCAGUGAUGAAUGAGAUCGUCUCUGGAAUACGUGCGGUGAAGAUGUACGCUUGGGAAUGGCCGUACAGAGAUGUAGUGCGUAUGAUUAGGAGAUCUGAACUGUCCUUCCUGCGGAAAAUCUACAACAUUCUUUCAACGUUUGCUUCCCUGCAGCACACAUACGACAGUGUGAUCUGUUUGAUCGCCUUCAUAACACUCAUCUUCACUGGCAUACGUCUAACACCAUUCAAUGUGUUUACAAUGGUCGGACUAUUGUCGGAAAACAGGCGUUCUCUGGUGUACGGUCUGACGGAUGGCAUGCAGCUCAUUGCUGACUGUUUUGCGUCUCUUGAGAGAAUUGAGAGCUUUUUGCUGAUAGAAGAAUUGAAUGGAAAGGAAUUAAAUCAACAAGAAGACACGACGGGAAAUGAAAAUGGUGACGAAAAGGAGAAAGACAACAGCGAGACCGUCGAAAAACCCUUCUUGAAGGCGUCCAACAUAACUUGCCACUGGAAUGGUAAAAACGAAGCUCCAGUCCUAAGCGACGUGAGUAUCGAGGUGGCUGAAGGCAAGCUGCUGCUAGUGACGGGUCCUGUUGGUUGUGGCAAAUCGUCUCUUCUCUUAGCAUUACUCGAGGAACUUCCCCCAAGCACGGGAAAAGUAACGCGCAAUGGAAAAAUCGUUUACGUCCCUCAAACCGCCUGGGCUUACAGCGGAACGCUUCGUGAAAACAUUCUCUUUAACCAGGCGUUCGACCAGGAGAAAUAUGAUCGAACUAUCGAAGCUUGCGACUUAAAAAAAGACAUUGCUAUGUUACCUGAGGGCGACAAAACUCUUCUUGGAGAACGCGGUGCAAGCUUAAGUGGCGGUCAGCGUGCUCGCGUCAAUUUAGCACGCGCAGUGUACAGCGAUGCUGAUAUUUAUUUGCUGGAUGAUCCGCUAAGCGCUGUGGAUGCCAAAGUUGGCAAACACAUUUUUGAGAAUUGCAUCAAUGGGUUACUCAGCAACAAGGUGCGCGUUCUUGUGACGCAUCAGCUUCAGUACAUGAAGAGCGCGGACUACAUUGUGAUCCUGGACAAGGGGGGUGUUGUGAAGCAAGGCGCAUAUCAGCAGAUGAAAGAAUCUGGGAUGGACAUUGACUCACUGGAGAAAGAGUUCCAUCUCGGACAAGAGAAGUAUCAUGAAAUUGAAGGAGGCAAAAUGACUGUUACAACGGAUCAGGAAAACGUCAAGCGCAGAGAACGUCGAGAAAGCGAUUGCUCUCGUUUGUCCGCCGGAAAGGGUAUGACUACUUCUCAAGAGGACCGUAUUGUUGGCACCAUAUCUUCACGCCUCUACUGGGACUACUUCAGAUCGGGCCUGCAUGGAGUGCUCUUGUUAUUUCUGCUGUUGCUUUUCUUCAUUGCUCAAGCAUCGAUCAUUUCGCCCAAUCUGUGGCUUGUUCAUUUGACACGAUUGAAGUGGGUUGACCAAAAACACAAGUUAAACCUGAUUAUCUAUGGCAGCCUGGUGGGCGGAGCGCUCUUCCUUGCAGUCCUCCGGGGUCUCCUCUACUACUAUACCACACUCAGAUGCUCAGAAAACCUGCACGAUAAAAUGGUUCUGUCCAUUCUCCAGUCUCCAGUUUACUUUUUCGACACGAACCCAUCCGGAAGAAUACUUAACAGGUUCUCAAAGGAUAUUGGGAUCGUGGAUGAGUUCCUACCGCCGACCUCGCUGCUUUCCGUACAGUACAUACUGCAGACGCUGGCCUCUGUUUGCGUCACUUGCUCCACUAACUACUGGGCGAUUAUUGGUGUCAUUCCCAUGGUUACAGGUUUCUUUGCAAUUAACAGGUAUUAUCUGAAGACGUCUCGUGAAAUCAAGCGAAUGGAAGCUAUCAGUCAGAGCCCGGUGCUGGCUCACCUGGCGGACACACUCGAGGGAAUCAUCAUUAUAAGAACGUACCACAUGGAAGAAAAGUUUAUGGAAGCAUUUAACGAGGUACAAGACAGAAGAAGCCAGAUCUGGUUUCUUGUGCCUCACAGCGCCCGGUGGAUGGGAAUUCGUCUUGACUUUGUCUGUACCUUGUUUGUGGCUGUGGCAACAUUCACUGGAGUUUUCACAACAACUGACGCAGGUACACUUGGUCUAUCUCUAGUUUACGCCAUCAGUACUGUUGGCCAGCUGCAGUUUGCCAUGCGCCAGACAGCGGAUGUUGAAAACAUGAUGACUGCAGUAGAGCGAGUCAUAACCUACACAGAGCUCCCCAAGGAACCAACAUAUGACAUCAACAAGAAGGCCCCUCCAGAUUGGCCCCAGGAUGGAGGCCUUCGUUUUGAGGACCUCUCGCUAACUUACUACGAAGGAGGCCCACAAGUGCUCAACAACAUUUCGAUAAAUAUUAAUGCAAGAGAAAAAGUUGGCGUGGCUGGGCGAACGGGAGCCGGGAAGUCUUCUUUAGUGUCCGCCUUGUUUCGGAUGCCAGAACCAGCUGGGAAUAUUUACAUCGAUGGUUUAGCUCUAAGCGAAUUUAACGUUCAGAGCACAAGGCCCGUAAUCUCAGUCAUUACUCAAAACCCGACUCUGUUUAGCGGGCCGUUACGCAUCAACCUGGAUCCAUUCUCCCGCUUCACCGACGCGGAGGUCUGGGGCGUGCUAGAGCAAGUUCAAAUGAAAUCGAAAAUCCAGGAACUUCCGGGAGAGCUUUAUUUCGAGCUCUCCGAAUCAGGGAACAAUUUCGGUGUGGGAGAGAGGCAACUUCUCUGUUUAGCGAGGUCUUUGUUGAAUAAAAACAAGAUCAUUGUCAUGGAUGAAGCCACGGCUAACGUGGAUUUCAGCACCGAUAGGAGAAUCCAAGAGACAAUACGAAGCAAGUUUCAAGAUUGUACCGUUAUUACAAUAGCGCAUCGUUUGAACACGAUCAUAGACUAUGACAAAGUGUUAGUAAUGGACAAAGGAACAGUUGUAGAAUUUGAUAAACCUAGUGUCCUUCUACAAGAUAACGACGGGGUUCUAACAGAACUAUUUCGAAAUCAACAAGUAGCGUUAUCUUAGUUACAAUACCAACUAAUAGUUAAUACCUAAUUCGUUCUACGAGGGGCACCUGAAGGGAGUCAUUACGUCAUAGGCUUGAUUUGUUGAAGACAGUUACCACGACUUCCUUCAGGCGCGUCUCAUGAUGGAAACUGGUCAUUUCAUGUAAGUUUUUUUUGCCGCAAGUUUUCAAGGUUCCUUGAAAAAUACAAUCUACCAUAAGCAUCGUAGGAAGUGUUGCACCCCUUCGAAUUUCAUAAGGGUUGUUAGUUCACGAGAUUUUAGGAUUAAAAUGUUCAGUACAGAGAAGAAUUACUUAAAAGACUACAAUUAGAUCUCUCUUGAAGUACUAUUUAUGCGAUUUUCUGCUCCACAUAGCCAGAAAAAAUUAUUUCUCCAUCACUGUGAACAGUGGACACUAUUUUACAACUUAAAAAGGGCGAGCAUAUAAUUUUAAAUUUUUGCUAAUGAAUGAAGAAGUACAUAUAUCCGCUAAAUUAGACGAAAAACUUUAAAAAAUUCUCAGUAGGAACGAAACUUCAGUCUGUUGAUAAUUAGAAUCAGUAAUCAGAUCGGCCGUGGGCUGCGUAUUGACGGAUUUUUCAAGAAUUUCAAAAUUAUAGGGAUUAAGUUAAAAUAAACGAAUGGCUGAAAUGUUUUCAAAUUUUAAGUUCUCAUUCAAUAAAAUUCUGGUGUCUGAGUUGUUUUAUGGUGA